CCGCGCCUGCUCAGUGUGACACAUAAACAAUAUGGCGGCGUCCUUACAGCGACUCACAUCUGCGGGGAGAUAUUUUCUACAAAGACAUUUACUGAAGACAAAUUGUUCAACUGGGUAUCUUGCUGUUGGACCACAGAGACUGUUGGCAACACAGGCCGCGAACCAGGUGGCGCUAAAUGUUCCUGAAACCAAGGUGACUACAUUAGAAAACGGACUCCGGGUGGCUUCAGAGGACUCUGGGCUUACAACUUGCACAGUGGGCCUGUGGAUUGAUGCAGGCAGUCGCUAUGAGAAUGAGAGAAAUAAUGGUACAGCACACUUCUUGGAGCAUAUGGCUUUUAAGGGGACCAGGAAACGCUCUCAGCUGGAUCUGGAGUUGGAGAUUGAGAACAUGGGUGCUCAUUUGAAUGCCUACACAUCCCGGGAGCAGACCGUCUACUAUGCCAAAGCUUUCUCAAAGGAUCUUCCACGAGCUGUUGAGAUUCUGGCUGACAUCAUCCAAAACAGCACACUGGGUGAGGCGGAGAUUGAGAGGGAGCGAGGGGUGAUCCUCAGAGAGAUGCAGGAAGUGGAGACAAAUCUGCAGGAAGUGGUCUUUGAUUAUCUUCACGCUACAGCAUACCGGUCCACAGCGCUGGGCAGGACCAUCCUGGGCCCCACUGAGAACAUCAAGACCAUUAACAGAGGAGACCUGGUCGAGUACAUCACUACUCACUACAAAGGACCCAGAAUCGUGCUGGCUGCAGCAGGAGGGGUUUGUCACAAUGAGCUCAUCAGUUUGGCCAAGUAUCACUUUGGAAAACUUCUCGGCAGAUAUCAGGGUGAAGUUCCAGCACUUCCACCCUGCCACUUCACAGGAAGCGAGAUCCGUGUGCGUGAUGACAAAAUGCCCCUUGCUCAUAUAGCCAUCGCCGUGGAAGCCGUUGGAUGGUCUCACCCAGACACCAUCCCCCUGAUGGUAGCCAACACGCUCAUUGGAAACUGGGACCGCUCGUUUGGUGGAGGCGUGAAUCUGUCCAGUAAACUGGCUCAGAUGGCUUGUCAGGGAAACCUGUGCCACAGCUUCCAGUCCUUCAACACCUGCUACACCGACACAGGCCUGUGGGGGCUCUACAUGGUGUGUGAGCCUGGCACCAUCACCGAAAUGAUGCACUUCACUCAGAUGGAAUGGAUAUCUCUUUGCACGAGUGUGACGGAAAGCGAGGUGGCCCGGGCCAAGAAUCUGCUCAAAACCAACAUGCUUCUGCAUCUUGACGGAUCCACCCCAAUCUGCGAGGACAUCGGUAGACAGAUGCUGUGCUACAGUCGCCGGAUUCCUCUGCACGAACUAGAGGCCCGGAUCGAUGCUAUUGAUGCCAACACCAUUAAGGACGUGUGCACCAAAUACAUCUACAACAGAGCUCCUGCUAUUGCAGCAGUUGGUAUGUUGAACUCUUAUUACAGAUUUAUCUCCGUUUGUACUCCUUGUGGAUGAAGUAAUGUCUUACCACUGAUCACACUAAACCCCAGAAAUACAUUUGGCCACAUCUUUCUGCAUUUCAAUGACAACGUCUGCUUCUUAUGCUCAAGCCAUAAUGUCCCAUUAUGUCUUCAUUUAUCUGGAUAAAGCAUACAUUUAUAAAAGAUUAUUUUGCAGCAGUAGUGGUUAACCUUAACCAAGGGCAAAUAAAAAGCAUCCUAACAUUAGAUUUUCUUGGGUUCGGACACUGGCAAUGUGCUGAGACCUAUUCAGUUUCAUUCUUGGGCUUAAAGUUUAACUUAAAUGUAAUUUUGAUGUUUAUUUGUAUUUACUGUGUGGAUUUUAAGUACAUUUUAGCAUAUAAAGUUCAAAAGCUGCAUCAGAUUUUUAUUGCCUUUGCUUUAAAUGUGGUGUUUAAACUGAUGUCUGAGCUACAAAAACAUCAAU